CCCACCUCCGUGCCCGGCCCGCCCCCCGCGGCGCCCAGUCCAGCGCUAGCCGCCCGCAGUCCGGGACCCCGGUGUCUGGCUCCCCGCGAGCCGGGACCCCGCGAUGGCCAAGCGCAGCUCGCUGUCCAUCCGCAUCGUGGAGGGAAAGAACCUGCCCGCCAAGGACAUCACCGGCAGCAGCGACCCCUACUGCAUCGUGAAGGUGGACAAUGAGCCCAUCAUCAGGACGGCCACCGUGUGGAAGACCCUGUGCCCCUUCUGGGGUGAGGAGUACCAAGUGCAUUUGCCACCCACCUUCCAUGCUGUGGCCUUCUACGUCAUGGAUGAGGAUGCCCUCAGUCGGGACGACGUUAUCGGGAAGGUCUGCCUUACAAGGGACACUCUGGCCUCUCACCCUAAGGGUUUCAGCGGGUGGGCCCACCUGAUGGAGGUUGACCCGGAUGAGGAGGUGCAGGGCGAGAUCCACCUGCGACUGGAAGUGCUGCCAGGGGCCCGGGCCCGCCGGCUUCGCUGCUCUGUGCUGGAGGCCAGGGAUCUGGCCCCAAAGGACCGCAAUGGCGCAUCUGACCCCUUUGUCCGAGUGCGCUACAAGGGCCGGACGCAGGAGACCUCGAUCGUGAAGAAGUCAUGCUACCCACGCUGGAAUGAGACGUUUGAGUUUGAGCUGGAGGAGGGGGCCACAGAGGCGCUGUGUGUGGAGGCCUGGGACUGGGAUCUUGUCAGCCGAAACGACUUUCUGGGCAAAGUGGUGAUCGAUGUCCAGAGACUGUGGGCAGCCCAGCAGGAGGAGGGCUGGUUCCGGCUGCAGCCCGACCAGUCCAAGAGCCGGCAGCACGUCAAGGGCAACCUGGGCUCCUUGCAGCUGGAGGUACGGCUGCGUGAUGAGACGGUGCUGCCCUCCAGCUGCUACCAGCCGCUGGUGCAGCUGCUGUGCCACGAGGUGAAGCUGGGCGUGCAGGGCCCGGGACAGCUGAUCCCGCUCAUCGAGGAGACAACCAGCACCGAGUGUCGCCAGGACGUGGCCACCAACCUGCUCAAGCUCUUCCUGGGGCAGGGGCUGGCCAAGGACUUCCUGGACCUGCUCUUCCAGCUGGAGCUGAGUCGCACCAGUGAGGCCAACACCCUGUUCCGGAGCAACUCCCUGGCCUCAAAGUCGAUGGAGUCCUUUCUGAAGGUGGCUGGGAUGCGGUACCUGCACGGCGUCCUGGGCCCCAUCAUCAACAAGGUGUUUGAGGAGAAGAAGUACGUGGAGCUGGACCCCAGCAAAGUGGAAGUUAAGGAUGUGGGGUGCUCUGGGCUGCACCGCCCGCAGACCGAGGCCGAAGUGCUGGAGCAGAGCGCGCAGACGCUGCGCGCCCACCUGGGGGCGCUGCUGAGCGCGCUCUGCCGCUCGGUUCGCGCGUGCCCAGCCGUGGUGCGCGCCACCUUCCGCCAGCUCUUCCGGCGCGUGCGCGAGCGCUUCCCCGGCGCCCAGCACGAGAAUGUGCCGUUCAUCGCCGUCACCAGCUUCCUGUGCCUGCGCUUCUUCUCUCCCGCCAUCAUGUCGCCCAAGCUCUUCCACCUGCGGGAGCGCCACGCGGACGCCCGCACCAGCCGCACCCUGCUCCUGCUGGCUAAGGCAGUCCAGAAUGUGGGCAACAUGGACACGCCGGCUUCCAGGGCCAAGGAGGCUUGGAUGGAGCCGCUGCAGCCCACUGUGCGCCAGGGCGUGGCACAGCUGAAGGACUUCAUCACCAAGCUCGUGGACAUCGAGGAAAAAGACGAGCUGGACCUGCAGCGGACGCUGAGUUUGCAGGCGCCACCUGUGAAGGAGGGGCCGCUCUUCAUCCACAGGACCAAGGGAAAGGGUCCCCUCAUGUCCUCCUCCUUUAAGAAGCUCUACUUCUCCCUCACCACUGAGGUCCUCAGCUUCGCCAAGACGCCCAGCUCCAAGAAAAGCGCCCUCAUCAAGCUAGCCAACGUCCGUGCAGCAGAAAAGGUGGAGGAAAAGAGCUUUGGCAGCUCGAAUGUCAUGCAGGUCAUCUACACAGACGACGCCGGCAGGCCCCAGACUGCCUACCUGCAGUGCAAGUGUGUGAACGAGCUGAACCAGUGGCUGUCUGCACUGCGGAAGGUGAGCAUCAACAACACCGGCCUGCUGGGCUCCUACCACCCUGGCGUCUUCCGUGGGGACAAGUGGAGCUGCUGCCACCAAAGAGAGAAGACAGGUCGGGGCUGCGAUAAGACCCGGUCACGGGUGACCCUGCAGGAGUGGAAUGACCCUCUUGACCAUGACCUUGAGGCCCAGCUCAUCUACCGGCACCUGCUGAGCGUGGAGGCCAUGCUGUGGGAGAAGCACCAGGAGCUGAGUGGGGGUGCAGAGGCCAGCACUGUGCCUGCAAGCCCUGGCAAAGCCCCCGAGGACUCACUGGCUCAGCUGCUCCGGGUGCUUCGGGACCUCCAUGAGGCCCACAGCUCCAGCCCGGCCAGCUCCCCGACCUCAGAGCCCAACUGCCUCCUGCAACUGCAGACGUGAGGCCCGCCCUGCCCUCCCCUUGCUGAGUCCCCGGCCAAGCACUCAAAGCCCCUCCCAGGAUGCUCUGUACCCCUCACCCUGGUCCUCCUCAUUGGGGUGCAGGGUCCAGGUCUCUUCCAGGUGGGGGAGGGGGAGAGUCAGGGAUAAGGGGAUCCCCAGAAGUGCAAAGCUGAGCAGGCCUGGCCUGAAGUGUUCCGGCUCCCUACAGCCGCUGCAGCCAUCACUGCCUCUCCAAGGACCCUCCUCUCCUGCCUAGGACAGACGCAGCCAGAACUGCCAACAGGACAGGCCACGGCCAGGGGUCUGGGCUCCAGGGACCUAGAGAAUGGGAGGGAACAGGAGGCCCAGGAGACCCGACUGCCACCCCACCAGCUCCCCGUGGGUGGCACAGGACUGCGCUGUUGCCAGCAGUAAACCUGCUGUUCCUGCCCAGGCUCUGGGCUCUUGUGAUGGGGAUCUCGGGAGAAGGUGGGCCAGGGGGACCCCAGAGGCUGCCGGUGGGCUCUGGGCAUCCCCGUUCUCCCCUCUUACUUCUCCCUACUCAUCUGGGGUCGGGGGCACCUUUCCCUUCCCAGUCGCUGUCCCCACCAUGCCCCUGGGACCCCUCUUCCAUGCCCCACAGACCACACAGCCUAGCAUGUCCAUCCAGCUGUUCUCUCCUCAAAGCAGCCCCCAAAAGUCCCUUCUCUAGGGUGUCCCUGAGGACAGCACAGAGAGGCAGGGCUCAGAGACCCCUUUCUCUUCACACAGCCCUUACCCUAUGCCUUCUAGGGUGUGGCUGGCAGUGUUGGCCAUGUGGGGGCUCCCAUCCCCCCACCAUUGUGUCACACAGGCUGCCAGGCUCAGCUCCCAGCUGUGUCCACAGUGACCUGGAUCAAGCGUGGGGAGAAGGCCUGGACCCCCCUUCCCCAAAAGGCCUUCAGCCCCUGCCUUGCCACGUGGUCACAUCCUCCCUCUUUGACUCCAGAUACCAAAGGUCCACCCUGGUCCCAGCCCCUUCCUGGCCAGGAGGCUUCUCAGAUGCCUUAAGCAUAGAGGCCCCGGGCUAGUCUGACGGUCAGCAAAGCUUGACUCUUAGAAGCUUAGAUCCCCUCGUGUCCUGGGAUCCGGCCUGCCUUUGGUCAGUUCCUAUGGUCCCCCACCAACACCCCUCCCACAGGGCUGCCCACCAAGCCCUGCCCCCAGCCCAAGGGGAGCCCCCCCCACUGCCUGCAGGGCAGCAAUGCCUGGCCACUGGCUCAUACCGCUGACUUGGUCCUGGCAUGGCGGAAGCAGCAGGUGACAGGAGCAGGGCCCUGUCCCUCUUUUCCCUGCCCCAUGGUCCCAAAGCCACACGUGUGCCUACUCUUGGGGCUGAUCUACUGCAGGCCACAUGAGGGCAGGGUAGGCAGGGCCUUUGUGCUUCAUGAGGACACAGAAGUCCCUGAGGCCCCCAGACCUGGCUCAGCCAACAUCCUUCCUCCCCCGGCUGUCCCCCACUCUAAAGCCUCCUUCCUCCCUUUGCCCACUGGCUCUAGGCUCCUCAAAACAGCAGCUCAUGGACACAGGGUGCCCCCAAGUGGUUCCUGCCCUCCAGGUGGGGGCUGUUCUCACAUCAGCGUGCAUCCAUCCAUUCAUUCCUCACCUUAUCCUGUUGUCUCUAUUUUUUUAAGCUACCAGGAAGGAAAGGGAAGACCAGAUCACGAAACUGGGACCCCCAGAGGGAGGAGUGGGCUUGGAAUAGGCAUCCACCUCAGAGCUCAAAUGGGUUUGUUAAAAUCACAUCCAGUUUUCAGAGGAAGGGGAACUAAAAAUUUUGUUGUUGUUGAGACAAAGUCUCACUCUGUCGCCCAGGCUGGAGUGCAGUGGUACAAUCUCGGCUCACCGCAACCUCCACCUCCCAGGUUCAAGUGAUUCUCCUGCCUCAGCCUCAGAGUAGCUGGGAUUACAGAUACCCGCCACCACACCCAGUUAAUUCUUGUAUUUUUAGUAGAGACAGGGUUUCUCCACGUUGGCCAGGCUGGUUUCCAACUCCUGACCUUUGGUGAUCCGCCUGCCUCGGCCUCCCAAAGUGCUGGGAUUACAGGCAUGAACCACCGAACCCAGCCAGAACUUUAUAGAUUAAAAGAGAGUCGAAGCUGAGUGUGACAGCGUACACCUGUAGUCGCAGCUACUCCGGAGGCCUAAGGCAGAAGGAUCACUGUAAGCCCAGGAGUUUAAGGCCAGCCUGGGCAACAUAGCAAAACCUAGUCCCUAAAAUUUUAAAAAAAAAAGGAAAAUAAAGGAGACUUGAGAUUUUUGAACUAAAUAGAGGUGAUGAUUACACAUUGUGAACGUAAUUAACGCCACUGAGUUAAACACUUAAAAAUUGUUAAAAUGGGGCCGGGCGUGGUGGCUCACGCCUGUAAUCCAAGCACUUUGGAGGCCAAGUUGGGAGGAUCACCAGAGGUCGGGAGAUCAAGACCAGCCUGACCAACAAGGUGAAACCCCAUCUUUAAAAAAAAAAAAAAAAAAAAAAUUGUUAAAAUGGCAAAUUUUAUAUUAUAUCUAUUUUACAAUAAAAAGUCUAAAAGAGAAACUUAAGAUACUUAGGUGACUUACAGCAACCAAUUGCAACAAAAUAGGAUGUUAAGAAAUUACCGUUUUAUGAGACUGUUGGAAAUUUGAACACUGUAGGAUGAUUGGAAUUAUUAAUUUUGUAAAGGUGUGAUAAGACAUUGUACUUGGCUGGGCACAGUGGAACAUGCCAAUAAUCCCAGCUACUUGGGAGGCUUAGGUGGGAGAAUCACUUGAGCUCAGGAGUUUGAGACCAGCCUGAGCAACAUAGUGAAACCCCCGUCUCUAUAAAAAACACACACACACAAAGAUACUGCAGUUGUGUUCUAAGAGUCCUUGCCGGGCAUGGUCGCUCACACCUGUAAUCCCAGCAGUUUGUGAGGCCAAGGCGGGUGGAUCACCGGAGCUUGGGAGUUCAAGACCAGCCUGCCCAACGUGUCGAAACCCCGUCUCUACUGAAAAUACAAAAAUUAGCUGGGUGUGGUGGAGGAAGCCUGUAAUCCCAGCCACUCCACAGGCUAAGGUGGGAGAAUUGCUUGAAUCCAGGAGGCAGAGGAUGCAGUGAGUGGAGAUCAUGCCAUUGCACUCCAGCCUGGCCCACGAGCGAAACUGCAUCUCAACAAAAAAGUCCUUAUCCGUCAGAGCUACAUCGUGGAAUAUUUAUGAAAUAUUUAGGAUAAAUGAUAUUUGGGAUUUGUAGCAAAAUAACCCAGACGUAGAGGUCAGGAGUGGAGGUAGAGAUGAGACGAGACUAGCCACGAGCCAAUCGUUAUGGAAGAGAUAUUCCGAGUAUGUGAGGGCUCCUUAUCCUGCAUAGUCUGUCUAGCUUUGUGUAUCUUUGAACUUUUCAAGAAUAAAAAAGCUCAAAAAGUA